AUGCCGCCCUGCGCCGCCACAGUGCUGAGGUGCGCGCGCCGAUGUUCUUCCACGUCAAGCGUGAACUCCGUCCCAAAUAAGGAAGAAGGGCUGUCAUCUUCCCAGACCAGCUUGAGUUGGAAGUCUGUGCAAUCUUCCACGUCCCGCAGCGAUGAUGCGACGGCGAACCUGGCCACGUCGAUCGCAGAGCUUCUGCAGCAUCGCCAGCAGAUGACCAGCGUGUACAUGGGCCUUUUGGCAGACCGGCGUGUCCAGUAUCGCGAUCAGCUACUUCUGAGCUCCUUGGGCUCUAUUCAAACCGAGAUGCAGGUGCUGCUUCGACGCUUGCUGGCGUCUCGCCCUGAGGCAGCCGCAAGUCCUACCCAGGUACCGCAACAAGCACCACCCCAGAUGACAUCUGACGCCGUACGAAGGCUGAAGGAGACAUGGACGCGAAUCAAUGGUGUUGCUAUUCACUGUCGCGAUGCGGCGACGCGCCACGCGUACUUCUCCGCGGUGCGUGACUUCUACGCAACGCUAAUCUGCAGUGGUCUGCUGCGGACGGAAAGCGAGGUGCGACUCAUUUUGAGCGAAAUGCGCAACACCGACCUGAUUGAACCUGACGCGUCCUUUUACGAGGUGCUGUUCGUGGCUUUGUGGUCCCUCGACGACGUGCGUGAGUCGACCGUAGCUACCGGGAUGCACGGCGCUGCAGGGUCGCGCCAGACGCCAGAGAUCGUCGCUGGAGAAGUGAGACAGCUGCGCCGGAGCGUCGCAGGGGACCUCGCUGGAUAUUACAUGGGCCACGCACUGGCGCAGCUCUCGACUUCUAGCGCGCCGACCGCAAGCGCGGCACCGAUGCACACGGCGGUGCGUCCCGAAACGUGGGAGGUCUUCUUCGCCACACUGGCCAACACUCAGCCUGCGCCGAAACUGAUGAAUCUUUGGUGGAAGCGGCUCUUGGAGUGGUUGGAUGAGCAGGUACCACUCGUGUCAGCCAAGGCAUCCAUCGGUGCACUAGACAAGGAGGCAAGUGUGGCAAAGGGAGCACCGGUGCCGUACCAGGCAGUUCACGCCGUUCUCGCAUGGUGCGCGCAGUCGCGCGAGAUGGAGAAGGCUUUGAACUAUUUCAACGCCGUCAACCAGCGUGGCGUCACACUGCAUGCGACCACGAUGCCGAACAUCUCAUUGUCUGCGGAGCUGGUGGGGGACUUCACCAGGGCCGGCUGCCUCACUUCCUCCUCUACACACACCCCGGUGCAGGAGCUGCAGCUCGCUCUCCUUGUGAAGCUGAUGGUGAGUACAAAGUCUGUCAAGAUGGACGGAGGCCUGCGUGCGCUGGUGGUGCGAGACGUGCAGCGGCAAAUCAGCCCAGAUGUGCUGUAUACGGCGCCGUGGGCAGUUAUCAACGACUUGAUCGCUGGGCUCUCGGUACCGAGCGCGAUGCAGCUGCUGCGUCGAUGCUCUUCCUCCCUCGUCGCGGAAACAGCGUCAUCGACGCUGUCAGAGAAGAGAAGCAGUUCGGACGACAGGGCUUGCGAUGACGGAGCGACGGUGGGCUCUGCGGCGAAGGGCAGGGGCACGCGCGAGAUUCCAUUUUUCGUGUGGGCCUCGCUGCUGCGCCGGUGUUGCCGAGAGCACCUGCAGGACGAGGCAGAGUCCCUCUUUGUGUUUCUGCGCAAGAAGUUCUCGAUUACGGCGCCGGAGAAGCGCGAGCUGAUUGAGAUUAUGAUGCGCAUGUACACGACAAUGCACCCCGCCGACUUCCCUUCCGCCAUGGAUGUCUUUCUUCAGCAUGUUCUCCGUACACCAGAAGGGGAGCCAAUGGUCAAGCCAGACGCCGUACUUUAUGGACUGCUCGUCAAGGGCGCGGACUCCCGAAACGCGGCCAUGAUGGUCUUUCUGGAGGCCUGCGCAGCCGGGGUGGCGCUCAACGAGGAGCUUUUCGAGGCCCUCAUGGGGUCGACGCAGUACAAAACAGUCGCAUCGUUGAGUAGGAAGCUGCCCCAUGACUACGCCGCCUCCUCACUAGACGCGCAGCUGAAGAUCCCGGCCAACGCGGACGCACAUCUUCGCCGCGAGGAGGCCCUUCGUGCCCGCGGCAAACCGCUCUACGACUCUACGGGCGACGUCGGGUGA